AUGAAGCCGCGGAUUGGUGAAGUUUGUGGUGCCAAACUGGUUGACACGGAGAAUGUGACAAUGUCUCCUGAUGACUGUAAGCUCUGCCAGGAGAUCAAAGUCAAACAGAGGCGACUGCAGAAAGAAAGGGAUAACAUCAAACGAUGGAGCCGGGAAGGUGCGAGGUUCAGCGGCUUGAUCGAAAAGGCACAGCGUGACGCCCGAGAACUUGAGGCAACGAUUGCACUACUGACGAGUAGGCGACCAUCGAUCAGGGCCGAUAUGACGGCUCCUCGAGGAGGGUCUGUGCCUAUGAGCGCUCCUAUGUCUGGAAGUCUGGGCGCCGACCCAUACUCCGCCAGGACAUAUGGGAGUCUAAACUAUGCUGGUCCCACUAAUGGUUAG